AUGGUGGCUACGGAGACGCCUCAGGGGCUUACGAGCUUCCCAGUGACGAAAAUGUGUGCACUUUUAAGUGUAGGAAUUCCAAUUUUUGCGUCAGUAGCCGGGGUCAAACAUUGGUUUCUGCUUUAUAUCGAUCCAUUUAUCUCAGAGUACAAGCAAUACUACAGGUUCCUGACAUUCCAGGUUGCAGCGGUCAACGAGACAGACGUCAUUCUUCUAACGCUUAUAUGGUACUAUUUUCGGCACCUGGAGAGACUGUUUGGGAGUCGAAAAUACAUCAGCUUGAUAACACUCUCAUGGGCAUACACUUCUGUUGCUAUAAUAGUUGCAGCUUGGGUUUUCAACUUGAUUCCAUUCUUCAAAUGGAACCGGUUCACCAGUGGCGCUAUCCCAAUCGUUAUGAGUCUUUUCCAUUUCUAUAAGGAGCACACCCCCCAAAUGUACCAAUUUGACGUGAAGCUCAUCAAACCAUUGGGCGCGCGCUCCAAACAGCUGAAAUGGACGUUCAACGACCAGUUUGUAAUAAAUGCACUUGUGGCCAUUCUGCUUCUGAAUCAAGGACUUGUUAGUAUCGCCACGGGGUUUUUGAGCUGGAUGUGUGGUGUUUUCAUCGAGAGGGGACUAUUCCCAGGCUUUGAUAUGUUCAGGGUCCCAUUCUUCAAACAAAGCUCGCAGUCAGCAUCGACAGGAAUCAUGGCCUCUGAGUCUCAUUCCAGCACGCCUGACUUGGACGGUGCGGCUGUCACGCCCGGCCCAAACAAUGGGGAUGACGAACAUGGUGACGAACCUGGCGACGAGCCCGCACGGCCAUUGGGAGUGCAGUUUCUAAAUACUUUUAGGAUGUAG